AUGGAUUCUGUCAAGAAGAAUAUUUAUAAGGUGAAGGGCAACGACAAAGAUUGCGGAAGACAAAAUGCAUUAAUUCUGCCAAUGAAAAAGAAACUGGCCAGCGAGUUCGUCCUCAAGGCACGGCCCUUUGUUUCAGAGCAGGUGAUCAGUCUCACUCAGCGGCAAUACUUGGAAGGAAUGCGAAGCAUUAGAUACAAGAUCAUCCGCUCUAAUUAG